CAACUUUCACUGCCAUCGGGGACAAACGCUGCUUCAUCCAAGCUGCUGACCUCCUCAUGGCCGACUUCAAAGUGCUCAGUAGUCAGGACAUCAAGUGGGCCCUGCAUGAGCUCAAAGGACACUAUGCGAUCACCCGCAAGGCCUUGUCUGAUGCCAUUAAAAAAUGGCAGGAGCUAUCACCAGAAACCAGUGGAAAAAGGAAGAAGAGAAAACAAAUGAACCAGUAUUCUUACAUGGAUUUCAAGUUUGAACAAGGUGCAUGCAGGAGCUGCGGCAGGGGCUGCUGGUGUGGCAGCAGGAGGAGCCCUCUGAGUUUGACUUGGCCUACGCCGACUUCCUCUCCCCGGGCAUCAGCAUGCUGCGGCUCUUUGAGACCUUCUUGGAGACGGCACCACAGUUCACGCUGGUGCUGGCCAUCAUGCUGCAGAGCGGCCGGGCUGAGUACUACCAGUCCUACGGGAGGCAACCGCCUCAGUAACGAUCCUAAUUGGAUCCAACUGGGGAACUCCAGAAAGUUUCAGUAACAAAUUUGCAACGGUUCUGGGCCUUUUAAUAUGGAUUCACAAAAGAUAAUGAGGCUGUCCUGUCAUUUCUACCCUAUGGAUGAGGAAACUGACAUUCAGACAGUCCAUGGGAUCUACCCACUCUGUCAUAAAGAACCGAAGGACCAACAUUCGUGACAGGACCUCCCGUUUUGCAUUUCGUUUUCAGAUGUGCCUAGAAGAAGGAGACAACAGCUUCUUGGACUGUUGAAACCUGUUUCUGCUUGAGUUGUCAAGAUAUCACCUAAAUCCUAUCCACAUUUUGUGCACCGGGUUUGUGGACGCCUACCACCAUUCAUUCAUUGCAGUGGCUCAGAGAAGAUGAAAAGAGGACUCUUUGUGGCCAAUGAAGAUCCUUGACAGAGCUCAGAUGACCAGAGUGGACUGGCUUCUACCCUAAAUACACAUCACGAUAUUUCUUGCUCUGACCUUGCUUCACUUUAUACAACACCACACAGCUCGAGAGUGGCAGAGCUGCUGUGGGAACCCGAAUGCCAUCUGACUCCAAAGCCUUACUCUCAACCACCACUCUGAUGCCUCCUAUUCUUUCCUGAAAUCUUCAGUAUAGUCAUUAUUAUGAAGUAAAAAAAAAGAAAAAGGAAGGAAGGUAGAGGGAGCCCCUCUGUCUCCAUUCUUGGUUUCCGUGAAGAAGCUCCAGUCCAUUUUCAGGGGUGUGCUGUUGGUGUAUCACAUUUUCUGGCCCACUCUCUCCCAUUUCUGUCACUCAUUGUCCCCCAGGAAGAAGCGAUAUGUGGAUGAUAAGACUGGAAGAAACCACUCUUACGUUCGGUGGUGUGCUGGUAAAUGUUUAACAGCUGGCUUUGGGGCAGCGAGAAAGCACUGGAUUGUAGCAUGUGCCGAUCUCCAUGGUGUAAAAACAUUUCCACCAUAGCUGCUUCCAAGUAUGUAAAUUGUACCUCAAUAAAGCCAAUUUAAAAAGUAAAGUCAACCAGUUUGUGAAACUCUUGAGACUUUAACAUUCAGUCCAGCAAGCUGUUACCUACUGGAUCCAGCAACACACAACCCGUAACAUGGUGAGCUGGGUCUCAGCUCCCCACUCUUCACAGACCCCAGAGCUCUCUCCCCUUUGCGAGGUUCCUCAUCCAUCCUUCCAUUGCUUCUGCUGCUGCCCUGAAGGCAUCACGUCUCUCCCCUCUCCUCCUGGGGCACCUCUCUUAACAGUUUAGGACUUUGAGGAGUUUUGCCUUUCACAAAAAGAAAGAAAGAAGGGGGGAAAAAGGUUGUGUCUCAGCAGCUUUUGCUGUCUACCCUGCAGCACAAAUUCCACUUGAUGGAGGAACACAAAGGUCGGACUCCUGAUGUGAAGAGGAGAAAAGGAAAUUCGAAUUUGGAAGGAGCUCUACUCUCCCCUGCUCUGUCCUCCACAAGAGAAUGGGGCAAAACAUUCUUUAGUCUAUACCUCUGUCCCACAUGUGUUGCCAAAGACCGCAGUGCCUGGUGGGUGACAUCUCUCCAGGCUUUUGAAGACAUCUGAGCCUGGAUUUUGAGCACAUUCCUGAUCUCCCUACUGGGAGGGUCUUCUCCCUCAAGGUCUGCCUUCUGACAAGCCCUAGGUCUUUCCCACCUCCAGUGGCUGGGUGGGCCGGGGCGAGGCGGGUCAGGGUAGAGAUGUGAGCGCAUUGUGAUUGGCAGCCCCACUAGAACCCCGUGGAGUGGAGAAGUGACCUUCUUCAAAGGAGGGGAGCAUGCAGUUUCUGGAAGGAGGAAGGAUGCGGUGAGAACCAAACGCAUCCAUGCAGGAUUUCAAGUCUAAACGACCUACUCCUGGCAACCGAAGCUGGAGUAAGCAUAAGAAUGUAAGAGAUGGGGGCUUCGGCGAGGGCACGUGACCAAAACCUCCCAUAACACUCCACCUGCCCCAGUCCAGCCAGCUUGCUGUCCACAGUGUGCCCACCAGUGUAUCAAACCUCAGCACUUUAUUUCCUGGGAUCCUGGCCGGGCUCCCAUUAACCUCCUGUGUUGUCCCCACAGCUCCUGUACAUGGGAGAGAGCCUGCUUUGGGCCAGAUCCCAGAGCUGGGCCUAAUUUGUGAUGAGAUGCCCUGGGAGGCAAGCGUGCUUCAGCAUGUACCCGAUCAAUAGCCGGACACCCAGGUCCAGAGGUGUCUGAGUCCGUCAGCAGGACGUUGGGCAGGUCUAGGUUCAGAACCUCUGCAGUUUUUCCCUUGGCUUUCCUGGGGCUUGUCCACAGCGCCCCCUGCUGCCCAUUUUUGGUUGACUUUGUGUCUUGUGGAUCCCUCAUCAGAUCUGUUCAUGAAGCCUAACGCAAGGUCCUCCCUCCAGGGUGACACAGUGAAGUCAAGUAACAGAUGUGGAGAUGCUUUGGAGAGCUUGAAACAGAAGACUACCUAAUGGCAAUGGGCCAGUAUCAUAAAGCCAAGAUUGAAGAAGACAGAACUGAAUGCCUCCCUCAUUUGCAAAACUUGCCUUAUCUUUCAGUAUCAUCCUGUUUCAGUGGACAGAAAUCAAUCCACCGUAUAUUUGAGCCCUGCUCUUAUAACCAAGUUAAAUUUUGCCUAAAAUAAG